AUGAGACAGACGCUUGGUCAAUACUCUGAGAGCCUUACAUCUGUAAGGCUUUUGCAGCGGCGCACCUUUUCAAGCCAGUUUCGUCGAUCAGCGAGUUACAAACGAUUUGGGCAAGGACGCUCAAUCCCUAGUGGCUUUCCCGGAAUCCCAGGUCAGUCACCCCGCAGCUCCUUUGGCGCUUCACUCAAUGGCGUGCCCACCCGCUUGGGUGGAGGUGGCAGCGGCCAAGGGCCAUUCGGCCGCAUCCCUCCUGUCAUUUUCAUCAUCAUUGGCCUGGGGGGCGGCUACUACGUCAUGCAUCUGGAGCGGGUGCCGCAGACAGGGCGGCUGCGCUUUAACGAUGUCAGCCCGACGCAGGAAGAGCAGAUGGGCAUCGAGUCAUACAAGGAGAUGCUGAGGAAAUAUCGCGGCCGAAUACUCAGUCCGUCUCAUCCUUACAGUCAGAUGGUCAAGCGGGUCGCGGAGCGCAUUGUGCGCGCUAUCGAGAGCACCGGUAUGGCCGAGCAAGGGCUAAGCAGCGUCGGAGGUGACGGCGAGGUCAGAAUGGGUGAUGCGCACAAGGAUGACGAGUUCCUCAGGAGCAAGCCUCUUGGAGUGCUAGGACGGCGAAAGUCUGGCAGUGAUCCCGACGCAAGUUCCAAGACAGAUUGGGAGGUUUUUGUCAUUCACGAUGACUCGGAGAAGAAUGCAUUCGUCCUGCCGGGAGGGAAAAUCUUCGUCUUCACGGGUAUCUUACCUAUCUGUAAAGAUGAAGACGGGCUCGCGACCGUCCUGGGACACGAAAUUGCCCAUCAACUUGCACGGCACGGCGCUGAAAAGAUGGCUGGCUUCAAGGUGCUCAUCGCCGGUGCGGCUAUUCUCGAGCUACUCGGACUGGAUAUUGGUCUAUCACGCGCGGCGCUCACGCUGCUGUUGCAGCUGCCCAACUCACGCAAGACCGAGAUAGAAGCGGACUAUAUCGGUCUGCGGCUCAUGUCGCAAGCGUGCUUCGACCCGCGUCAGGCGCAGCACCUGUGGCGGCGAAUGCAGGCCAGCGAGGGAACCCAGACUGGUGGCAUUGGGGAGGUUUUGGAGGGGAUGCUGAGCACACAUCCUGUCACUCGCAGCAGGAUCGAAAACAUGCAGAAAUGGCUGCCCGAGGCGGAGCAAAUCAGAGAUGCCAGUGGCUGCCCGGCAGAAGGGGCCAUGAACGCUUUUCGAGCCGCACCGGAAUCGCCAGGGGGUAGAUUUGGGCAGCGACCAUCGGGUGCAGGGUACGCCACACGGCAGCCAGAAACUGACCCGUACGGCCUUACAGUUCUCAGAGGUUAG